AUAAUUUUCGCGGUCUGCUCGUUUGAAUCUGUCUACUACUUUCAGUCAAUCAAGCCCAUCCAUCCUCCAUAAAAUUGAAAAACUCAGUCUCUGCCCCUCUCUCUCUCUCUCUCUCUCUCUCUCUCUCUGUCUGAUUUGAAACCCCAGCGACCAGUUCAAAAUCCAGCAGGACGAAAGAUGAAGACGAAGACGCCAUUGAAUUUGAACUUGAAGCAGCUCAAGCUCAAUGUCCCUGCUCAAGAAGCCAACAUCAAGUCCUUUCUGACUGCCAGUGGCACAUUUCAUGACGGCGAUCUGCGUCUGAACCAGAAAGGAUUGCGGCUUAUCUCUGAAGAAAAGGAGACCCCAGAUCAAACUUCUGACAGUAAGGAGCUCAACUUUGAAAUUACAUUGGAAGAUCUUGAGACUAUCAAAGUGAUCGGGAAGGGAAGUGGUGGUGUAGUACAACUUGUUCGUCAUAAAUGGGUCGGAAAACUAUUUGCCUUGAAGGUGAUUCAGAUGAACAUACAAGAGGAAAUUCGUAAACAGAUUGUGCAGGAGCUAAAAAUAAACCAAGCAGCACAAUGUCCACAUGUGGUGGUUUGUCACCACUCAUUCUAUCACAACGGGGCCAUUUCUCUUGUGUUAGAAUAUAUGGACCGGGGGUCUCUUGCAGAUGUGAUCAGACAAGUUAACACAAUUCUUGAACCAUAUCUUGCAGUCGUUUGUAAACAGGUUUUACAAGGUCUAGUGUACUUGCAUAAUGAAAGACAUGUGAUACAUAGAGACAUAAAACCAUCCAAUCUGCUAGUAAACCAUCAAGGGCAGGUGAAGAUCACCGAUUUUGGCGUGAGUGCUUCGCUAGCUAGCUCUAUGGGUCAAAGAGACACAUUCGUUGGUACUUACAAUUACAUGUCGCCGGAGAGGAUUAGCGGGAGUACUUAUGACUAUAGCAGUGAUAUUUGGAGUUUAGGCUUGGUGGUACUCGAGUGUGCCAUCGGUAGGUUUCCUUACAUGCAAUCUGAAGAUCAACAAAGCUGGCCAAGCUUUUAUGAGCUUUUGGAGGCAAUUGUGGAAAGUCCACCACCUUCAGCUCCUCCGGAUCAGUUCUCCCCCGAGUUCUGUUCUUUCGUGUCUUCCUGCAUACAGAAGGACCCUCAACGCAGAUCAUCAUCUUUGGACCUUUUGGGUCACCCCUUCAUCAAGAAAUUCGAAAACAAAGACAUUGAUCUCGGGAUUCUGGUUGGCAGCUUAGAACCUCCUGUAAAUUUUCCAAGAUAGUUCGUCGCUGCAAUGUAACAAUGUUUUCCCCAUAUGUAUCAGUGUUCAGUUUUGAUCAAACCAUUACAUGAAUUCUCUUGUAGUAACUACAGCUUUUCAUUCGAAGUAUUUGUUCUUAAAAA